GCUGAUUGGUAGGUGCUUGCAGCCUGCACAGCAGCCUGGCUUCCGAGGUCGGACUUCUACACCCGCCUCCAGACCGGAGAGGGGUACGAACUCGCACCACGGCGGCCUUCAGGCAGCCGCGGGAUAGUCCCUGAGAGCUUGUUCAGAAGCAAGCACCCCGCAGCCCUAGCGAUCCAGCCCUCCCCUGGGCCCUAGAUUACGGCAGUCAGCCCCCUGCUGCUGUCCCCUAACCCCGAGGCCCGAUGGGUCCCGCGGGGGUCGCAGCGAGGCCGAGGCGCUUCUUCGGCGUCUACCUGCUCUACUGCCUGAACCCCCGGCACCGGGGCCGCGUCUACGUGGGGUUCACUGUCAAUCCUGCUCGUCGGGUUCAGCAGCACAACGGCGGUCGCAAAAAAGGCGGGGCCUGGAGGACUAGCGGGCGAGGGCCCUGGGAGAUGGUGCUUGUUGUGCACGGCUUCCCAUCCGCCGUGGCUGCCCUUCGGUUCGAGUGGGCCUGGCAGCACCCGCACGCCUCGCGCCGCCUAGCGCACGUGGGGCCGCGCCUGCGUGGAGAGACGGCCUUCACGUUCCACUUGCGCGUGCUGGCACACAUGCUGCGCGCACCGCCCUGGGCGCGCCUCCCGCUGACGCUGCGCUGGCUGCGCCCUGACCUCCGCCAGGACCUCUGCCUGCCGCCACCGCCUCACGUGCCCCUGGCCUUCGGGCCUCCACCGCCCCAGGCCCCGGCCCUAAGGCGCCGUGCAGGUCCCUUUGAUGACGCCAAGCCUGAGCUAGACCAAGGGGAUGCAGGGGCCUGCUGCGCCCUGUGCGCCCGGACCAUCCAGGAUGAACAGGGACCCUUGUGUUGCCCCCACCCUGGCUGCCUCCUAAGGGCCCACAUGAUCUGCCUGGCAGAGGAGUUCCUUCGGGAAGAACCGGGGCAGCUUCUGCCCCUAGAGGGCCAAUGCCCUAGCUGUGAGAAGUCACUGCUGUGGGGAGACCUGAUCUGGCUGUGCCAGAUGGACACUGAGAAAGAAGCAGAAGACUUGGAAUUAGAGGAGGCACACUGGACAGAUCUGCUGGAGACCUGAUCCUUGGUGUCCCUGUUCCCUUCCUACCUCUUUUCUGUGCCACCUGCCACGGAUCCAGAUAUGGCGGAUUUUUACUUGAAUACAAUAAAAAAAAAGUCUGAGUCAA